AUGGGGGAAAAGGGCGCGGAAGUUGAAAGGAAAAAAAAAAAAAGGAAUUAUAAAAACUCAAUUUAUUUGUGCAAUGAAUUUUUAAAAGAGAUCGUUUCCGCCAGAGGUUUUUUCGAACUUGAAAUAAUCGAAGUAACAAAUUAUCGUGGAGAACUCGCAUCCGGAAAAUGUUGCGGAGGAAUCAUACACACUCGUCCUUGUCCAUACGAAUGUCACACGUAUUUCCGGGUUUGUUUAAAAGAAUAUCAAAUCAACGUCACUUCCUUGGGAUCAUGUUCAUUUGGAAACACGAGCAGUCCCGUUUUAGGUGGAAAUUCAUUUCGUCUUGCUGAUCCGGAAAGCGCAAAUGGAAAACUCGUACUUCCGUUUUCUUUCAGUUGGACGGUAAGUGUCGUCAUUUAA